CCAGUUAUUUAGAGAACCAGUGCCUGCUCCUAGCACAGAUCUCCGUGAGGCUGGGGCCGCAGGCACUGUCUGCUCAAAGCCAGCUGCCUGAAGCUGCCAUCUCCCCACACCACGGUCCUGGGACCCUUCCUGCGGCCUCUGCACCCCAAAGGUCAGCGGCACCAUGUCACUCGCACACACAGCUGCAGAGUACAUGCUAUCAGAUGCCCUGCUGCCCGACCGUAGGGGACCCCGCCUCAAAGGACUGCACCUGGAACUUCCCCUGGACCGCAUGGUCAAGUUCAUAGCUGUGGGCUUCCCCUUGUUGCUGAUGUCCCUAGCAUUUGCCCAGGAGUUCUCUUCCGGACCCCCCAUCCGAUGCUUCUCUCCCAGUAACUUCAGCAUCCGGCAGGCCGCCUACGUGGACGGUUCCUGCUGGGACUCACUUAUUCACCACGAACAGGAUGAGCUUGGCCAGAACAAGAUGAAAUCCCUGUGGCCUCACAAGGCCCUGCCCUACUCCCUGCUGGCCUUGGCUGUGGUCAUGUACCUGCCUGUUCUGCUGUGGCAGUAUGCAGCCCAGCCGGCCCUCAGCUCGGAUCUGCUCUUCAUCAUCAGCGAACUGGACAAAUCCUACAAUCGUUCCAUCCGCCUGGUGCAGCACAUGUUGAAGAUCCGGCAGAAAAGCUCAGACCCCCAUGUUUUCUGGGAUGAGCUGGAGAAGGCUCGGAAAGAACGAUACUUUGAAUUCCCCUUGCUAGAGCGGUACCUGGCCUGUAAGCAGCGCUCACAUUCCCUGGUGGCCACCUACCUCCUGAGGAACUCCCUCCUGCUCCUCUUCACCUCAGCCAUCUACCUGUACCUUGGCCACUUCCACCUGGAUGUCUUCUUCCAAGAGGAAUUCAGCUGUUCCAUCAAGACAGGCCUCCUAAGUGAUGAGACCCACGUGCCCCAUCUGAUCACAUGCAGGCUGACCUCUCUGUCCAUUUUGCAAAUUGUUAGUCUCUCCAGUUUAACAAUAUACACCCUAUUGGUUCCGGUGAUAAUAUACAACCUCACACGACUAUGUCGGUGGGACAAACGGCUCCUAUCCAUCUAUGAGAUGCUGCCAGCUUUCGAUCUCCUCAGCAGAAAGAUGCUGGGAUGCCCCAUCAAUGAUCUCAAUGUGAUCCUCCUUUUCCUCCGAGCCAACAUCUCUGAACUCAACUCUUUUAGUUGGUUGAGUGUCUUAUGUGUUUUGAAGGACACGACCACCCAGAAGCACAACAUUGACACAGUGGUCGAUUUCAUGACAUUAUUGGCUGGCUUAGAACCCACAAAACCUAAACAUCUCACCCAAAGGGUGUGUGAUGAAAACCCCUAGUUAAAAAACCGUGGAGCAAGAAAUUUUAUGGAAAGUGAAAAUCUCUCUCCUUCUUCACAAGCCUCACACACUAAGGUACAAAAAUACCCGCUUUAGAAAUGCUAAGUGUGGAUUCAGCUGAAUCACAUCCUGUAUCAUGUUUUCCUAAAGGUGAGAAGAUAAAAUCAACGCAUGAAAACAAAUCUGAAAGUUAGAGCUGAAGAGUCAAAGAACUAAAA